CUGGAGAGCAUCUUGCAGGGAGAGGACGUCUGUUUGACGAGCGGUGUCCUGAACCGCCUGAUAGCAGAGGCGUCCAGUGACGUGCGAGCAGCCCAGAGCCUCAGCUAUGUCCUGGAGAUGCUGGAGGCAGUUGAGGCCCCAGUCCCACGGGGCACGGCUCUUGCCGUCAGCACCGCUGUGCACCGCCAGCUCUCUGAUGCGACCAAGGAGCUUGGCCGGGCCCAUAAGGCAGUGCUGUCCCGCUGCGUUGUGCUGCAGGCACGAAUAUGCCCCGAGGAGACGGUCCUGUUCCUACAGUCCCAGCUGAGCAGUGGGAGUGAGGCCGGUCGCGUGGCAGCCCUGGGCCUGCUGGGAGCGCUGGCCCACUCUGACGCACCUGCAGUGAGAGAGAAGCUGCCCCAGGUGGUGGAGGCCGUGGGGUCAGUGUGCAACGACCCCAGUGCCCAGGUGCGGAGGGCAGUUCUGGAGUUCAUCCGGGAGCUGCUCAGCUCCGGCUCCCAGAGCUGCUGGGCAUGGGAUGUGGUGGGGCACAUCUUCAACGAGUUCAGCCGGAGCUCGGGCAGACUGGUGGCAGGAGGCCUUUUUGCCUGGGAAACACCGGAGGAUGGAGCUCUUCGAGCUCUGUGCGUGGACAUCCUGGGCUCGCUGGAUGUCUCUCUGAGAGGGAUGACCAAACUCCUGUGGCCGAGGCUGCUGCAGUACGUGGUGCCAGCCCAGUACAGCGGCAUGCUCAUCCCACUCUCCCGCUGUCUCCGAGCCCUAGUGGAGAGGCGAGAGAGAGCAGGGUGCAAGGAAGAAGAGGAAGAGCCUGAUGCCAUGGACUCCCAGGAGCAAGCCCGGCUGCCGGCUCCCCAGGCCCUGUUGGCUCGACUGCUGGUGGUGGUGGCAGAUCCUUACGUGAGCGGCGAACGUGCAGUCGCUGCCUUGCAGCUGCUGCAGGCCCUCCAUGGCAGGAUCCACAGAGCCUUGGGGGCGGCGUGGGCGACCGAGAUCCCCCUCCUGCUGCAGUACCUGGAAGGAAAAAACGGGAGCUGCCUGGACUCUGCAGAGUGGGAGCACCGUGUGCUCAAGUUCCUGCGAGCGUCGCUGGAGCCCAUCAAGGACAAGGCCUGGACCGUGGGCCUGAGCCAGGAGCUGAGCCAGCAGCUGGGCAGCUCUGCCCCCGGCUCCUGGGAGAAGCUUUUCCUCUACAAGGCUCUUGGGACGGCGCUGGCAGCUUGUCGGGACCUCAGACACGUCCAAGGGCAGGUGCUGAGGUUCCUGCAGGAGACAAACGCCAUGGAGCUGUCUGAGGCCCAGGGAAUGAUUUCUGUUGUGUCCCACGCUGCCGAGAGCCACUUCCACCUGGUCUUGGACACGGUGACUGUGUUCUCCGCUGCUUUCACCGGAGAUGGGUUCUCUCAGACUUCCAUGGGCUGGAAGGUACAGCAGAGGCAGAAGAUGGAGAGAGCCCAGGCCAUUCGCGCUGCUCUCAUGCGCACCUACAGCGGCAUUGCGCUGCGUGCCCCCAAGGAGCAGCUGCUCACCCACCUGGAUAGAGGAAUCAUGGGCAACAUCCUGCGUCUCUCCGGUGCUAAAGAGAGGGACUUGCAGCUGAAGCUCGCCCUGGUGCAGAGCAUCACUGAGGUCAGCUGUGCCAUCCAGGCUGUGGGCGACUGCGGCAGCUUUGAGCUCUCCUUAAAGCGGGAGGCGAUGUGGACCUUGCUGGACUGGAUCAAGGGGGAGCCCUGGGACUCCCUGGUGUAUGGAGUGUUCCAGGCCCUGGAGGAGUUGAGCAAGCUGAGGCCACCUCUGAGCAGGGAGGAAAAUCGCAAGCUGCUGUCAGUGUGCUGCCAGACUGUCUUGUCCCGUCCUUCCAAGGAGCGGAUGAAAAAGGGCAGGAAGACAGUGAGGGCAGCUGUGAACAUGCAGCUUCUGCACAGGAGAUGCAUGGAAGACCUGGGCCAUCUCCUAGAAACCCUUCUGGAGGCAGAGAAGACCUCUGCCUGCUUUGAUGACGUGGUCCAUGUCCUGAAGGGCUGGCUCACCUCAGCCAAAGAAUGGGAGCGGGAGAGAGCCCUGCAGGUUUGUGCCCACGUGCUGGGAGCUUGCAAGGAGCGAUUUGAGCUCAUGAGAGGACGUCCUUGCGAGCAGUUCGGCUCCCUGGUGGGACUGCUGGCGACUCUGACCAGCGACUGCCUGGCCACGUCCUGCCAGAGGGCAUGGGUCUGCCUUGGCUACCUCCUCCAAAUGCAAGCCAAGACCAUGGAGGUGGUGCCUCAGGCAGAUGAGAUCAGGUGCUUUUGUGAGGAGCUGAACAGCCCAGACACUGAGAUUCCGGUGGAGACCUGUACCAAAAUAGCAAAGGCUGUUUGCAAAUGCAUCCCUCCGGCACAGGCUACGGACUUUCUGACUGCCAUCCUGGACAGCUUGCUGCAUGUCACCCCCACACGUGCAAGAGCAGUGUGGGCGUGGGUGUUCGUCUUCCUGGAGGAAUGCAGAAAGGAAAUACUCCAGGAGGGCCAGCAGCAGCUCACUCAGCCCAGACUAACUCCGUGGCUGUCCGCCGCUGACAAAGGUCGGUUGCAGUGA